CUCAUCUUGGUUCUGCGAAAAAUUUGACUCCUUCAUUUGAGCAUACUUUCCCAUCGUUAUCAGCUAACUCGAACACCCUCAUCGAGAUUUUGCACAUCCACUUGUUUUAUAACCCCCUUUUUUUCAGCCUUGCUUGGGGGACCCGUCCUCGUGUUUUGAUACGACGCGUUUGAGACACCAACGAAAUCGCAAGAAGGCUAGAGCCAUCCUUCUUUCGUUCUCCAUCCUACGGGGUUAAUUCUUCUUUAAUCAAGUAUACCGGCCCUUUUGAUUACCCCGCAUUAGCUGCGACUGGAUAUGUCCCGAGAAAUUGGCGCGGAAGUCGUCAGUAUAGGGUCACCACUCUCCUCUAGCCCCUUACCAUCCGCCCUUUCUUCACCCACGAUCUUACCCUCGACUCUGCUUAUAACGAGUACAACGGAGAUUCAAGAAGACAAAGGGAAUGAUGAAAGGGAAAAAGUAGCUGUUGAACUGCUGAAAGGGGAAGUGUUAAAGAAAAAUAGCAUUGGAGAGACGGAAGGAGGGGAUUUGUUAGACAAAGGGCAGGCGAAAGCGGAUCAAUCAAGUUUCGUAAAUGAAGAAGCAUAUGACCAGGAUGUAGUGGAUGGUUUGAGCUCUGAUCCAAUAGCAGGACCAAGCCCAACACCAUCCAAAGCAAGUGUGAUACCUACCAGGAGAGUGUCUCUUGAAAAACGUACAGAAAUAUUUGCAAAGGACGAGGGAGGAAUUCAAGGAGCCAAGAAUAAUGCAAUAUCGUCAAUACAGGCAAGGCAAAAAGAAGUGACCAAUGAAGGUGGUAACUCGGCUGAGCAAAUAAAUGGAGCAAAGAUCGUCGAGGAAGGCGGCUUGCCAGGUAAAGCAUUGGAUGCCCAGGAGGAUCUCGAAGGACCUGGAGAAACCUCGUCAUCAACUGACGUCGUUCAAAAGGAUCCGGAAUCUGACCAGAAAGGUGCAAACGAUGGAAAUGCGGGAGAGGACCAGCGAACAGAGCUGGGGAAUUCUAUGGAGAAGGCUGCUGAAGAACUAGAGCAGCCUCUACAAAACUCUACGGAAAGUCGCCCAUCAGCCGAAGUGGCCCAGACAGGUAAUGAGGAACAUGGACAGAGCCAUGGGCGUGAAGCUAUUGAGGUCAUAGGACCGGAAUCUACUGAGGCUUCAAUCGACAAGACGACAGUCGAACCUGAACAACCACAGGAAGCUAGAGAAAUCUUGUCCACAACAGAAGUAGCCAGCGAUGUUCAAAAUGAGAAUGGACAAGGCCACCCUGGAGAGUCUGUCAAAGAGGGCGCAGAGCCUGAACAGCCUGACGAGCCCGCUGAAACAGUCACUGCACUUAUCACCGAUGCAAAGGCCAACCCUGAAGAAAACGAAGUCUCUCAGCUUUUAGCAGAACCUCCUUUAAAUGCAGAGGAUGAUGUGGAGACUGUUGAAAAACCCCAACAUAUAAUCGAGGCAGGUCUCAGCGAGGCGCACUUAAGCCCUCCAUUCGCAAACGAGCUUGAAAGUGAGGUGCGGCCAACAUCAUCUUUAGAAGAGGCCACAUGCCCCCCAAUAAUUCCUAAAAUCCGCAAAGGUCACUUGGCUUCCCUGCUGGUCCUCAACCCUGCCUAUACACUUCCUUCUCACGCAAAUGCCAAGCCGCGACGAUUUUUCUGCCCGCAUAAGAGGAAAGUAAUGAUAGGUGAUGAGUCGCUAGAAAGGAUAUCCAUCCCUGGCGUCAAGAAGAGAAAAACGGAACAUGUGGAAAUGAUGUAUCAGGUGUUACUGGUGGAUAAGCCGUAAGACGGCUUGAGGAACCGAUGGUGAUUUGCGGCACUGGUUGCCAGUUGUAUAUUCGGCGUCAAGGGGCGCCUUAUCAGGAUGUACGUAUUUCAGGACAAUUCAUUUCUUUGUUUCUACAGAGCAAGUACUUUUUCUACCAAAACACGCAAAUUCCAGGCUUGACUCAAUUCC